AAAAGUCGAGCAGUGUGAUGAUGAAAARUAUAAGAUCUGUUUAUAAAACUUUAGUCUGAGUGAUAAAACGAAUUUAGUCUUUGUUCGGACAUACGCAGCGAGUGUGGCAGGCGGCAGACAACGUUCUAAAGUGGCAUUGCAAGGCAGCGGGUGAAUUGAAAAAAAUUGAAUAAUAAAAAAAUAUAAAAAACGAAAAAAAAAAACAGAAAAGAGCUACUUAAAGUGCAGUGUAAAGCAAUAAAUUGUGGAAUAUACAUAUGUAUAAAAAAGUAAUAAAGAAUUAUUUCAGACUUAGCAAUUUAUUGCAUAAAAUAUUAAAUGAAGUUGUUUUGUGGUGCUUAAGUAAAAAAAUGUGAAACGAACGCUGUAAAUAACAGUUAAUAAGCUUGAAAGCGAAAUUAAAAAUUCUGCAACAUCUCCAGUGCUAAAUAUCAAACUAUAUAUAGUAUAUAGUGUACUAAGAAAUCAAAGGAAAUUAAAAAAGGACUUUUUUUUUAGCCGAAAAGUGAAAAAUACAUAUAACUGAGCAGUGUUUAAAUUAGAGAAAACGACAAUUUACGAAUUAAAAAACAAUUAAUCAUAACUACUCGCCGAGCAGCAGUUCACUUUUUCAAUGCCAACAACGUUGUCCGCGACCAUUUGCUGAACAUUUAUUGGAUUAAAAGCGCACGUAAAUUGAAAGCGGAGCUUACAGCUUAAAAGCUCAGGAGCGCACACAAACCCACACACUAUGCAUAUACACGCACACAUACACUAACACCAUUGCAUAAUUUUUUUUCCUCAACAGGAACGUACGAAAAUCUAGUGAAAGAAACGUGUGAGCAAAAAAAUAAAAAUAAAAAAAAUAAUAAACGCAAUAGCGCAGCAGUGUGACGGCAGAAAGUGGCCGCUUAGAUGCGGACUUUACUUUUUCGUUGAGUGAUUUUAUUUAUUAUUUUUUUUUAGUUAGUCUGUUUUGUGAAUGGAAUUGAAAUAAAUCGCUGAUUAUCUGCUUAAAUUGAAUUUAAUCAAGACGAACGGACGUUUAAUUUCAAGUGUUUCAUCGCGCGCUCACAUAUACUUCAUCAUACUUGUGCUGGAAACACAUACACAUACAUAUACAUGGAGCUUUAGAAGCACUGUUGAAAACUUGCAUACAAAUAGUGUACACCUAAAUCAACGUAUUAGCGAGUGUGCGGAGUCAUUGUGUCGCACAUAGAAUAUAUAGCAAAUAUAUAUAUCAAUACAUGAUCGCAACGGCACACAUAUACAGCGUACCAAUACAAUUGCMUGACAGUAGAAACAAUUUUGUUGAACACUUGUGCACAAAGACUACUCAGUAGGUUGCUUGGGCGGCCUAACGUAUGUCUUUUAGCUACCUUAAUACAAAUACUGCGACUGUGUAUGUGUGUGGCGCUGAAAUUACAGUGAGGGAGUCUAUGUGUMGACGCAAAAGCGCGUAUUUAACUCGGUACAAUUGCGAGAUCAAACUCUUUUUAWUUCAUAAAAACGGCAUAAAAUAUACACACACACGCGCGYAAAGCUAUACUGUGGCAACUAAAACCCACAUACGUUAGUAGAAUACCAAACCGACCGCGGCAUUUCGUCAAGGCGCUCACUCUGCACAGCGCACCCACUCUUCGCAACGCCCUAACUAUUCAUAACAAGUCAACCCUUCACAACGCGCCCACCCUUCCCAAUACGCUCAACAUUCAAACAGCUUGCAGCAACCAGCAACCAGCAUCCCACAACUUCCAACUAGUGUCAGAGCCAGGCGGCAGCACUGCGCAUUUGGAGUUUGUUAUAUUUACGGUGUUUACAUUUCGGUGGCGGCRCGCAAACAUUCAGCGCCAUAAUUUACUGGACCCACUGCCAAGUGGUGAAGUAGUGUAGAGAAGCAGUAGUGCAGUGAAGCAGCUGCGCGCGCCGYACAACUCAGCGCGUCGCRUAAGCGUCAACAAGCAAAGGUGCAGCGGUGGCGCCUCACUAAGGUCUAAACAUUUCACCGAUAUAAUAAAACUUGCAAUUGUGAUAUUACCAACGGCAGCGUGUACGCGUAGCAUACGAAAUGGCAAUAAUCGGUGGUGAGGAGACUGCUACCGAGACCAUUGACAUGGUGCCGGUAGAGAAGGUGAARCCGUCGAAAUUUGGCGAAUUCUGUCGGCGCAAUGGCAUAAAUCCGAAUUUGAUAAUGUUGAAGAUAACGCURUUCGUCAUGUAUGGCGCAACAUCAUCGCUACUGCCCUACUUGACCAUACACAUGCAAUCGAUCGGUCUAACAGUGGAGGAGAUUGCCAUCAUCUACCUGGCAUUGCCGUUCACUACCUUCCUCAGUCCGCCAAUUACAGGUUUCCUUGUCGAUAAAUUUGGCAAGUACAAACCGGUCGUCAUAAUGAGUUUGCUGCUGAAUGCACUUUUCCAUCACUCGCUCUUGUUUAUACCGCAACAGGAGAUUCCAGGUAUUGUGCCAUCGGCGUUUGUUAUGCGCCAUCCUGAUACCGGCGAUAUAGAGGUCUGGUGGUCACCCUGUCCUAGUCGCGAAUGCCCCGAGGAGCCGGAGCUUGAUUUGGCUGUGAGUCAAUGUGUGGACUAUUGUCUGCUGCAAGAGCAGCAACAACAACAACAGCAAACGCAACCGUCGCCUAAACCCUCGUUAUAUGGUCCAUCGCCCGAUUAUUAUUCGACAACGCAACGUGCGCCCACAACAGCAACAACUACAAUUACAACUAUGAGCUCAACCACGACAAUGGGUACAAUCGGAACGACAGCAACAAUAGUCGCUGCAGCCGCCGCUGAGUCACCAACACAAACCGCCAUCGCAAUACUGGAUCCAUCUGGCAGUACAACGUCUCCAUCUCCACCUGUGCCAACACCAACACUGUCGGCAAUGACGACGACGACUACAGCGCGCAGUACGACCACUACAACGACGGAGACGGCGGCGGCAGCAGCAGCAGCCGCUCGCGCCGAGACAGCAGCAGCGGCGGCCGCUGCAUUCACGACACCCAGCUCAGUGGCCCGUUUCCAAGAUGUACUUAAUAUGUCAUCGACAAUGUUCCCGCCGGUGGUGACGUCUUCUUCGGCCUUGUCAGAGCUGGAGCAGGGAUGGAAUUUGGAGGCAGGCGAAGUGGGCAACGACAGCACUUACAACCUCAACAGCUGGGUGCAUUCGGAUGGCACGGACGCUGCCUAUUUUAUGCUGCAAAUGCAUCCUGAUUUGGCUGACCCCAUUGAGCAAUUGGGCAUGGAAAUCGAACCGGACGACAAUGAGACGGUGACCGAUUUCAAGCAGCGCUUCGGCGAGAAACGUCUGUGGGAUAUGCAAAUCAAUGUCACCGAUUUGGAUGAAUUGGAUCUACGUUGUGGCGGUCUGGUGCGUCGCUCAAACAUGUCACAACUGACAAAUGGCACUGUCAGCUGUAUGGUGCAACGCUGUGUGUUCACAAUGAAUGCACCGGAGAUUUGUCCACCCGAUUACAAAGAAUCAGAUGAUCGCGUAUUUUGGAUUUACUUCUUAUUGAGAUUUCUUGCCACUACGAUGCUGUCUGCCGGUGUCACCAUAAUGGAUCCCAUUGCGCUGACUAUGAUUGAGAAGUACGGCGGUGACUUUGGACGUGAGCGUCUCUUUUCCAGCAUUGGCAUGGCCAUCUUUUCGCCAAUUACUGGCAUAAUGAUUGAUUAUUUUUCGCGUGGUCUCGGCUACACCGACUACUCGGCUGCCUUUUAUACCUAUGAUUUGUUGUUGGUGAUUUCAACAGUUUCGGUGCUUAUGAUGCCGUUGGGCGAUAAAUUGCCGGCAGAUAAUGUUUUCCGGGAUUUGUGGAAUUUACUGAAGAUGCCACAUGUUAUUACGUUCAUCUUCUUCCUCUUCAUUUUGGGCAAUUUCUGGGGUUUCAUCGAGAGUUUUCUUUUUCUYUACCUGAAGGAGUUGGGCGCACCCAAUUAUUUACUCGGCAUAACCAUCACUGUUGGCACGGUGAGCAGUAUUCCCUUCUUGUAUGGCGCCGAACGUAUCACCCGUAUCUUUGGACACGUUAAUUUGAUUAUCAUUGCWUUCUUCUCGCAUGCCGGCCGCCUCGUGGGCUAUUCGUUCAUUGAAAAUGCUUGGUGGUGUUUUCCCUUCGAAGCGAUGGAGGCUCUGUCUUGCCAUUUGAUGUGGGUGGCAGCGGCCACUUAUUGCUCAAUUUUGGCACCRAAAAGCUUGUUGGCCACAUUGAUUGGUGUGCUGGGCAUGGCACAUUUCAGCUUGGGUCGCGGUAGUGGUUCCUUUACCGGUGGUCUACUAAUCGGUCAGUUUGGUACAAGAGAUGCCUUCCGUUAUAUGGGUCUAUUGGCUGUUGUAGGCGGUAUCGCUUACGGCUUACUGCAUCUGGCUUGGUUACGGAAGUUCGAUCAUAACCUCGACGACUGUGAAGAAGAAGCAGAGGCAAUGGAGAAUGGUGAAACGGAGAAACUCACGGAACCGGCCACUAAAGAACAAGGCACAUCUAUGUCACUGGAACGUCUCAGCUUGAUGAUCAAAUACAAUCAGAUAGGCAGUUUGACUUCACUGCCACGUGGCUCAAGGGCGGAUAUACACGACCAUUUGUCACAUCGCCGCAGYAGCUAUAAUGUGGAGUCAACACGUGUACCCCGGCACGGCAGUCAYAUCGGCAGCGCCUCGAAGGUUGACAUUUUGCGCUCAACACUGGAUAUAAAUCACAAAUCCUCCAAUAAUUCGGUGCUGAGCAAAGCCGAUAACAAAACAUCAAAUCAAUCAUUAGGCCGAAAUCGUGCCGACAGCGCGCCCAAAUUGAAUCACAGCAAUAUGAAGAACAUCUCACAGCCAACGCUGGAGGGUGUUGUGCUCGAGGGCGUUGAAUCAACUUUUUUCCCCAGCCGCAUGAAAAAGUAUCCGAGUGGUUUGUUAACAUCAAUACCAGCGAUGGAUUUGUCCGUUAUACCCAACACAAUGCUGAUGGAUCAAGAAGCUACCAAAGUGAUACCCGAAGAGACCGAUUUGAACAAUUCGAAAAUCACUGUCGCCAGCCAAGAGGACGCCAACACGCAUCAAGUCAAUGGCAAGGGAUCGAGUAUAGCAGGGGAACGUAAUGUCAAGGACGACGCUACAUGAUUUAUGCAUACACAUAGUAAUGUAUACAUAGCUACAUACGUACAUAUAUGAAUGAAAAAAUAUAUGUAUUUGAUUUGAGUGAUAUUAAUUAAAUGCAAAUAAAAACAAAAAAAAAAAAAAAAAAUUAUCGAUAAUUAUAGCAAGGAGCAAACGCACUAGCUAACGAUUUCCCAAAUAUUUUAUUUGUUAUAUGAUGAGGGUUAAGGCAUAUUAGCUCUUUCUGGGCAACACAAAACAAAAUUGCUUACAGUGUGUCAUAACAUGUUUCGCCCCAUUAUAUGUACAUAUGUAUAUGUAUGCUUCUGAAGCAGGGUAGUAUUUGUAGUUAAGUAAUGUUGAUUAUUUUAGCAAAGUGAAGUUGUUUUGUUUGAUUUAUUAACCGUUAGUUUUAGCAAUGAAAUCGCAAUUAUUUACUUUUAUUUGUUAGUUUUAAUUAAAUUUUUGCUCUGCGUA